AUGGACUCAGACGAGGGUUAUAACUAUGAAUACGACGACGAAGAGGAGGAAUGUAGCGACGAAAGCGCCGAAGAGGAGCCCGAGGACGAGACCCUGGAGCUCGGCGAGGUGGAGUUGGUCGAUCCCGUCGUGGCCGCCGGAGAGCGGGACGAGUGCGGGGAUACGGUGGGAGGCGGUCAAGGCCCCGGCGAGGAAGAAGAGGAGGACUACCGUUUUGAGGUUUUGACCGCUGAACAGAUCCUCCAGCAUAUGGUGGAGUGCAUCAAGGAGGUCAACGAGGUUAUCCAGAACCCUGCAACAAUUACACGCAUCCUCCUUAGUCACUUCAACUGGGAUAAGGAAAAACUCAUGGAGAGGUAUUUUGAUGGUAACCUGGACAAGCUUUUCUCCGAGUGUCACGUCAUCAACCCCAGCAAGAAGCCCAGGAUUCGUCCUCCAAUCAACACGAGAUCAUCAGCACAGGACAUGCCAUGUCAGAUCUGCUAUCUGAAUUUCCCAAACUCUUAUUUUACCGGCUUGGAGUGUGGACACAAGUUCUGCAUGCAAUGUUGGGGCGAUUACCUAACUACUAAAAUCAUAGAAGAAGGAAUGGGACAGACCAUUUCAUGUCCUGCUCAUAGUUGUGACAUUUUGGUUGAUGACAACACAGUCAUGCGCCUCAUAACAGAUUCAAAAGUCAAGUUGAAGUACCAGCAUUUAAUUACAAAUAGUUUUGUAGAGUGCAAUCGACUGUUAAAGUGGUGCCCCGCUCCAGACUGCCAUCACGUCGUUAAAGUCCAGUACCCAGAUGCCAAACCAGUGAGGUGCAAGUGUGGCCGUCAGUUCUGCUUCAACUGUGGGGAGAACUGGCACGAUCCGGUCAAGUGUAAGUGGCUGAGAAAGUGGAUUAAAAAAUGUGACGAUGACAGUGAAACCUCAAACUGGAUUGCUGCAAAUACAAAGGAGUGUCCAAAGUGCCAUGUGACCAUAGAAAAAGACGGAGGCUGCAAUCACAUGGUUUGUCGGAAUCAGAACUGCAAAGCAGAGUUCUGCUGGGUCUGCCUGGGCCCCUGGGAACCACAUGGUUCUGCCUGGUACAAUUGCAAUCGCUACAACGAAGACGAUGCUAAGGCCGCUAGAGACGCUCAAGAGCGCUCAAGGGCGGCCUUGCAGAGGUACCUAUUCUACUGCAACCGCUACAUGAACCACAUGCAGAGCCUGCGCUUUGAGCACAAGCUGUAUGCUCAGGUCAAGCAGAAGAUGGAGGAGAUGCAGCAGCACAACAUGUCCUGGAUUGAGGUGCAGUUCCUGAAGAAGGCGGUGGACGUGUUGUGCCAGUGCCGCUCAACGCUCAUGUUCACUUACGUCUUUGCCUUCUACCUCAAGAAGAACAACCAGUCUAUUAUUUUUGAGAACAACCAGGCCGACUUGGAAAACGCCACUGAAGUGCUGUCCGGCUACCUAGAACGAGACAUCUCGCAGGAUUCCUUGCAGGACAUCAAGCAGAAAGUACAAGACAAGUACAGAUACUGCGAGAGCCGGCGACGAGUUCUGCUCCAGCACGUGCACGAAGGCUACGAGAAGGACUUGUGGGAGUACAUUGAGGAUUGA